AUGGUUUACAAGCUUUACUACUUCGCUGGACGUGGAUUUGGUGAGCCAACGCGGAUGCUUUUCAAAUUAGCUGGAGAGGAAUUCGAGGAUGUCCGCAUUGAGUCCGCCGACUGGCCAAAUCACAAAGCUUCCAUGCCAAUGGGCCAAAUGCCCGUGCUUGAGGUGAACGGAGUGAAGAUUCCCCAAUCGUCGGCCAUCGCUCGAUAUGUGGCUCGCAAGUUUGGAUUUGCCGGAAAGACUCCUGAAGACAUGGCUUGGGCCGAUGCAUUGGUUGAUGGAUUCAAGGAUUACUACAAGGAGAUCACCGACUACUAUUACACGGCACUCGGAUUCCUCAAUAAAGGAGAUGCAGAGGAACUAUACAAGACUGUCUUUUUGCCUGCUCGUGACAAGCACUUCGGAAUGCUUAACGAUCGUCUAAAGGCCCAAGGAACCGGAUUCUUGGUUGGAGACUCAGUGACAUGGGCCGAUCUCUUCUGGACCGAUCACAUGACAACAAUCGAGAAGCUCAAGCCUGAUGCUUUCACUGGAUUCCCCGAAGUGGUCGCUUUGAAAAAGAGAGUCGAUGCUAUUCCUCAAAUCAAGGCUUGGAUCGAAUCUCGUCCUGACACUCGCUUC